GCGACGCCUCGCACCGAAGGACUGCUCAUUAAGUGGUCCAGGGCGCAGUUCGUUCCCGCGUUUUGUGGCGGAAGGUCGUUCCCGCGCUCUAAGCGACGCGUCGUUCGGUUGACGUGCGGAAGCGGCGACUUCUGUCUGGUUCAGUGAAGCCCUCAACACAUUUUUUUUUUCGCGGAGAUGAAAAUGUUAAUAAGACGCGACAUUUCUCAUUUUGUGCCAACACCAAAUUGAAAUGUCUUUUCAGUGGCUUGUUCGUCACCUCUGUUACCCAUCUAAUCGCAGUUUGUUUUCAAUGAAUAGUCUUAAGAAACGCAAUUCUAAUCUUGUUGGCUAUAACGAGUAACUAUUCACCCGUCUGUGGACGUUUCGUUAUCCCCAGUUCACAACUGAAACGUCGCAGCAACAUAAAACAGACUUUCCGUUUGCAUAAAAGCAGAUUUUCAAAAGGACAUGCGAUUCUUAAGAAUUUAAUUACCAAUAAAUAAGUACCAUCAAGUAGUCGGAUGCUGACAAGACUGAUCAAUUUAAAAUUAUGUGUAAGGAAGCGGCCGUUUUAUGUAUUUUAAUUCGUUUCUAUGAGAAGAACUUCUAAAAUCUUUUGUCAAGAUGGCCGAUCUCCGCUCCGAGAUUCGAGCUCUGCAGUGCCAAGACAGACAGACGACCACUUGAUUGUGGUUUGUGUCGAAAGAAGUUCCGUAUUCGAUUCUUGUUUUUGUUAAAGAGUCGCUGGUACCCACCACGUGAGGAAUUACGGUUCAAGGUUCCAGAUCGGCUCGUUAGCACCGCGUUCACAACAAAAUCCCUCCCUUUACCGACACACAGAACGUGAUUCUGCCAAACUGCGCUGUAAUAGACGUGCAUCCACACCGAAACGCAACUCAUUAAUGCCGUGGACUGUGACUUCUAAUUUUACAGACUUACUCUGAAACUGUUAAUGUUCAUAAAGACCUUUAUUCGUGUCCGCUCGUAAAUGUUCGGAGAAAAAACACUGUUACGUCCGAAGGAGGAUUUUGCGUCGACAGCAGAAACUGCUAACCCAUUCGUAUCUCUUCCUGAGGAACGGCGGUGAGAGACGCCCAGGGUCUUCCUGCAGAAUCCGAGGCGCUUCCGCACGACCACUUCUUCCUGUGUACACUUCAGCAUCCGAAUCAGCAGAUUAUAAAUUUGUUGGGCUUCAGAGCGGAGAGACAGAUAAACGGAACUUGCAAGAACAAAGCGAAACUUCAGGAGUAACAAGUGAUGCGUAGAAAGAGAAUCCUGUCAAACAUCACUCAAUCCAAAGGCCGGAAUUAAUUUCAAGAUAAGGCAACGUUUGUUUGAAACGUGAGAAAUCAUGUCGGUCCAUCGACGGAACAAAAUCAUCGUAAAAGAACAAAAACACGGGUUUCAGUGACUACGUCUAACAUAGAUUCGAAGUAAUUGUGUGUUCAGGCGGUGUGCGUGCGUGCUUGCGUGCGUGUGUCUUGGCACAACUUCGGACAGGAAGUUCUCAGAAACAAAACUUCCCUGCAUAAUUUUACAGACAAACGUGUUCACACUCCCAGCAAUGGGAGAAUAAAACGAAAAUUGUUUGGAAAACUGAAUUUUUAUUAAAAUGUCGAUACUAGAAGAUGAACUGUCACGAGCUUUGAUACCAGAGUUGAGCAGGGAACAGGGCGUUCUGACGCUCCGUUCUUGAACAGUUUGGUCUGAAGUGCGUUGUGUGACGAUCAGCGUUUGUUCGAGUAAAACAACGAAAAGGCUGUCGAAAUAGUGGAAUUGAUGUUACUCACUUACUUGAAUGUUGAACGAGAUCUGAAAGUCUCUUCCCAAAAUUGUACUUAAUAUUUCAUGAAUUAUUCACACUAGAACUGAACACAGAAACGCAGUUUUAUAAAUGCACAUUUAUGUCGUCUGUUUAGAUAUUUGGUCGAAAACUGCCGAAGUCCUCCUCUUAACUAAAAGAAACUAGACAAUAUUAAAUGUUAAACAGACGCAUGGAACACGCCCUACAGAAUUGGGCAUUAGACUUCAUGUUCUUCGUAUAAGGCAACUGUUUCCGCGAAGUGAAGUGCGGACCAACGCUCGGCAGAGAUGGCGUUCAACACCAGCGUCGUGACGAACCAAACCCGGAGCACCAGCAACACGUCGUUCUGCCCCGGACUGGCGGACUUCAGCCUGGGAUACAGACUGGUUCACGGCUACGUCAGUCUCGUCGUCUGUCUCUUCGGUUCGGUGGCCAACAGUCUCAACAUCGCCGUGCUGACGCGUCGGGAGAUGACGUCGCCGACCAACGCCCUGCUUACGGGGCUGGCCGUCGCUGACCUUCUGGUCAUGCUGGAGUACAUCCCCUUCGCCUGUCACAUGUACAUGCCGCAAGGGGCGUGGCGAUCGGCCACGGAUCGCUACUCUUACCCUUGGGCAGCUUUCGUCCUCUUCCAUUCAAACUUCGCACAGGUUUGCCACACGGUAUCCAUCUGGCUGACGGUGACUCUCGCCGUGUGGAGGUACAUCGCGGUGGCCCAUCCUCAGCGCAACAGAGAGUGGUGUUGCAUGAAGACCACCAUUGCAGCAAUCGUCAGCGCGUACAUCGUGAGCCCUCUGCUGUGCAUACCUCUCUUCCUGGCGUUCAGCAUACACCCCAAGAACGCCGCAGUGGACAAGUACGGCCAGAUAGUAAGGACGUCCAAGGACAUGGGCGAUGCGAAGAACAUGACAUUGUACAUCGUGAACAUUUCCGAGUUGGGCAAAGCGAAUGGCAAUCUCUUGAGUCACAUCAACUUUUGGGUGUACAGCGUCGUGAUUAAGCUGAUGCCAUGCGCGGCGCUCACAGAACUGAGCCGAAGGCUGAUAUGCGCCCUCCUGCAGACAAAACGGCGUCGCCAACAGCUGACGAGCGGCAGCGCCAGGGUCUUGGACAAACAGCGGCAGACGGACCGUACGACUCGGAUGCUUCUCGCGGUCCUGUUACUGUUCCUACUGACGGAAUUCCCUCAAGGUAUCUUAGGGUUAUUAUCAGUCUGGUUUGGUGAGAAUUUCUUCAAGAAUUGUUACCAGAAGUUAGGCGAAGUUAUGGACAUACUAGCACUCAUUAAUUCGGCAAUUAAUUUUAUUCUGUACUGUACAAUGAGCAGGCAAUUUCGCUCGACUUUCAGUCUCCUCUUUCGUCCGUCGAUGUUUGACAGGUGGCUGCUGGUCCCGCAACACAACGAAAACGUCGAUAACAACGGUUGCACCACUGCUAAUAACAUGACUCUGGUAACUCAAGUCUAGCAUCGGGCGAAAUGGAGGAAACGUGGCAUAACUCAGGUUUAGGCGGGAGGACUGGGAGGUGAAGUUUCGUCAGAUCGCCUCGAAAGUUCCACGUCGCGAGACGACAUUAACACAAGAACUUUGAUAUGGCCUUAUGUUUUGUUUUUUUGAAUAUGUGACCCGUGAACUUGCCAGAUGGUGUAUUCGUCAAUACAUCCGCGAGAAAAUGUGUCUGUGUGGAAUGUAAACCCAGGAUUUUACUCAUUCAUUCCAAUCAAAUAAGACAUUACACAUCGACCUUUGAUACGUUGAUGUCUUCCACACAUGCACAGGGUUGGCAUUCUUGGCCAACUCUGUUCGUCACUGCAAAGACGGCCAACAGUCUGACAUUCGUCGGCUUCUCACACAGCCAGAACAAGGUACCAGGCCAGUUGUGUUAACGGUGUCAGUGCUACGACCUCAUUUCCAGGUUGAAAGUUUAAAAAAAAAGGAUCAAUCCGCCAUCCCUCAGGAGUUACAGCUGACUAAUUGCGACGAAUUGACAGACAGAAUUGUGCGGUGCCGUGGAGAUAAUUACAAGAAUCGAUAAGGGUUUCAUGAGCAGAGGAAGGGGCGCGGUACGUGCUUUCGUGCAGUCACGGGGCAACUGCGUGCGUUAGACACACGACACGAAGUGUGGGGUGAUUCUGAUGUGAACGCAUCUCGACAGACCAGAUGUUGUUAAGCAGAUGUUAGAAAUCGUGAGGCGAGGAAUUCAAAUUUAAGCUCAGCUGUGGCACUGGCCCAUCCGAUAGACAAUCUCGGUAAAAGUCAAACCAAAACACAGAGCAGACACUACGCGGAACAGAGUAACUGGGUCACAUGACCUCUCACCUUUUGCGGGCUUCAAUAUGCGUAAUUCUGAAACGCGUUCGAGAUUCAGUGGCCUUCGAUUCGCUGACCAAUACUGCGGACUGAAUUGCUAUAACGCUUAUCACACUGCCUAGAGAAAUCGACGCCACAGAUCAAUCAAAAAGUAUGAUUAGGGGGAGGGGGAGGGGAGUUCCCAAAAUGACAGGGGAUUUAUCUUUGCCAGCGCGUUUAAUCUGCCUCUGGGAUCUAACACAGGGCAGUGCAGUCUUUUUGUGUGAAGCAGACAACACGUCCGGUCCUGAGCUCGUCUUGAUGGGGUGGUUACCAGCAACAGCAUGUCUAGGAGCUGUUUCUAAAAACAGACUAUCCCUCACACCGACCCCAUUACAUAAACAUACACACCCCUGGAACACAAAAUAAACAAACAGAUCCCAACCCUUCCCUUCAGCGUUUGCCUUGCGUGAGCAAAUUCAGUGACAACAAGGACGUGUGAUCGCUCGGCGUGAAAGGGGGCCAAGUACACGUCUAAUUUUUAUUUGGAGACAAUGCAAUGUUUUUAAUUAGCUUGCGCUUGUUAUACGUUCAAAGAUACUCCUUUUGACAUGGUUAAUUAAGUGUCAUCAGCCUACUGAUGGGUGCAAUUCCAUCUCACGGUGCUCCACCCCUGAGAUAGGUCAGGGGUUCGCUCCAAAUCGGAGUUGACACACAAUCAGUUUCGCAAACCUCGUCUUGCCCCAGGGUGCCUACCCCCUUACCCGGGCUUUCGAAACCCCUCGUUACAAUCUUUGUGGGUUCGUACACCCGAGGCCGGUCACCCACGCACAGGCGGUAGGAGCUUAUGUUUGUGUCAGUGAUGGUCGCCCAAGUAACAUGAACGCCCCAGAUGUGGCGUGACGAACGCCUCUGGGAAUUCUAAAGCGUCCACACGUCCAAUCUUUUUAAAAACGAAACGCAAUAGCGCACUGUCUUCUUGAGCGGCCUCCAAGCACGAAUCGGAUGAUACAAAUUUCGUCGUCCAAAAAUCUAGUAUAACGCUUGUAGCAAAAAGGUUCGAAGUUUUUGUCUUCAAAUUGUACUGGAAGCUCCUCCGGGAAAACAAGUGCUCUUAAAGAAAAUUCAGUUAAAAAUCAGACCUUUACUUUCAAACGAGAGAUUAUUUUGGGAACUGUCCAUUUACAAUCAUCAUUCAAGUACUGUAAGAAGAUGUUUAUGCCGCGUCAAAUUAUGUUAAAAUUAUCUUCAGUUUACUUCACAGCCGGGAUGCGAUGGAGCUGACUCUGAGACGGCUUUGUCUGAACCACUGCAGUGCACUGAAAUGUUUAUUGAAAAACUUUCGAUGAGCAACAUAUAACCGCGACCAACAAACACUUACGCCGACUUCCUGAUACAUUUCAAAUGGCAUUUCUCUUGACUUCUGAAUUAAAUAAAGAGCUGAGAAAAUAAACUUCGAACUAAGUUUCUUUCGUCUGUAACAAACCUCGUUCUUGCUGAUUUCGACGUCAGUGUGAAAGCUAAUAACCUGCUUCUGCAAAUGUGCUUCAGUCCAAAUAGAACUGCGAGUGGAUUUGAGGGCAGCUUCCCCACUGUAUGGACCAGUUCUCUUGUAAAAUGAAAAGUGUCGCAGAGGAAUGUGAAGCUCGAAUUACGGAUGCACAGUUAGUGGUAACACGGUUGUGGUUGUUUUUUUUGCCAAGGUUGGUAGCGCGGAUUUAUAAAAUCAGACGUGUUGAGAAGUAAUCACAAAUUACAGAACUUUAUUUCCAAUACUUUUUAAUUGUUUAAUAUAAAUGUAAGUAAAUGUUUGGUUUUCUGCUAUAGAGAAACUUUCUGAACACCCUAUAUUCGCAUCCCACAAAGUUUUGUAGGCCUAUCUAAAUAGAUACUGCACUCAGAUAUUUCGUGCUGUUGGUGCGGAGAAAACUCCAGGCGUGGUCGGUCCGACUAAACGCAUAAGAAGCUUCAGUCAAGUCUCGAACCAGUCCUCCUUCUUGUGACGCCGAGCGCGCACCAAGGAAAUUGGAAACUGCAAUUCAGCUUCAACUAAUGCCAUUUUUAGUAGAAAACCAGUUGCUUCUUGAAUGUUUGGACACUGGGGAAAUCGAUUUUGUGUCUUGCUCGAUUGUUCUGCGUGGCAAUUACAAGUUUCCUGUCACGAUACGCGAUGCCGCCUAAUGUUUAUCCAUCGGUUAUCUAGGGGUGGGUGAGGAGAAGAAUAAGAAACUGGAUUCACCCCGAUCUCUCCCUUAUCUCCUGCGCGACGCGAGAUCAGUUUAUCUCGUCUGGAAUAAUCGGGGCUACGAAGCAAGAUUUCUGAUCAUUAAGACACAUUUUCCUCAGUGAACUGAAAGGAAACUGACGUGGCGACUCAGUUCGCAGUUUCCGUCCGGUUUCCCAAGCGACACCUGCCUGCACGUGUCGUGUUCAGAUGAGAUGCAGUUCGCAGUUGCCUGGGCGUACAAGCUGGACCCUUCCUAUUUCUUCUCGCUGAAGAGAUGUAGGGGUGAGGCUGUUUUAAUUGUAUCAGCUCAUAAUCUGAAACACUUAUUUACUUCAGUCGUCAGGCGGUGUCUUUAUACGGAAGGAGCGAACAUUUUGAUACGCGUUACGUGAUUCCUCGGUCAUGCGAAAAAACACGCGUUUGUCAAGUUUCAAAACCAAACCAGACUUGGGCCUUUCGUACGCCCACCGGCGACGACGAGGGGUCCUUCAUUUCAGUGAGCAAGCCGAUGAGACGUGCUCUGAGGUGCGGUGUGGGGGGGUGGUCUGUUUACCUUCGGCGGCGGAGGAGGGAGGCCUGGGGCAACCAUCAGCCCCAAACGCACUGUUAUCGUAGCUGUGCUUGAACAUUGAAGAACAGAAAACAGCCGGAAACUAUCUUCAUCUUUCGUCGAACGUUAAUCAUGUCGGAGGUGAUACGUGCAGAAGGCAGACAUAGCAGUUUUGCCCUUGCUUCGUUUGCUUGGAAUCGUUUCUGCUGUUUCCGGUGACGGCACCCGGAAGACAAAUGACCGUCUGCGAGGCAAACGUAAAUGACAGUUAAUCACCCACCACGAGCAAUGAGGAACUGAAAAACUGCGAAACCUUAAGGUCGAGUGAGCGGGGUCGUAGUUGCUGGUCCCUCCGCACGCCCGGAAGUCGCUCCGGAGCGGCAGGAGCGAAUGAGACGGAAAAGCCGUCCUUCCGGUUACAAAGCUCUUUCCUGUUGCCCUUUGGCAUUUGAAUUGUCCGACGACGAAGGAGCUUCCUGUAAAAGCAGCGACAGGGGGAGGGAGGCAACCGCGUCGUACAUUUUCGAAAUGAAAAGAGAACUGCAACUGGGAAACUAGGCGUCCCGGGUCAUGUUCAGAGUUUAGUUGAUUUGGUGUUUAACUGUCUUUAACUCGCCCUAACGCUUGUGCCAAGCCUUUAAGUAAUGCCCCGUACAUUAAAUUGUUAGAAUGCAAUUGACGGAUUUAAAACUUUCAGUUAUUUAUCACAUUCUUCGGUGAAGCGUAAUCAGCUUUCAAGAUCGAGAAACAUUGGUUAUUUUUAUGGCUCAGAUGUUUCGAAACACGUUUCGCCCCCCCCCCCAUAGGGCAGUAAGACUUGUAAAAAAAACAGAUUGCGUAAGUGCAUUUUUAUAUCAAACUUAUUCUAUUAAAAUAAUUCAGAAGGGCUGAAAGUGCGAAUGUUGUCUUCGUAAGAACUCUCUGAUAUAGUAAAUUGACUUAAAUUUGACUUGCCCUUCAAAAUUUACGAACGAUAAACAUAUCUGAGUAAUUUUCUCUACAAGAAAAAUUAGACCCUUUAAAAUCCAUUCGGAGAAUUUUGGGAUGACGUAUGAAUUAAAAAAAAAAAAAAAAAACAC